ACCUCACUCACCGUCUGUUUCUUCCUGGAGCCAGCGAGGACUCGAACAAUAUCCGAGUUGUCUUGCGACAAAGACCUGCCAGGAUCCCCUCCGCACGCUGUCCUCCUUGUUGGCAUUGUCUUUCGAGUCCACACCGAAUAUUCGACCUCCGUUGACGACACCUUGCCGCCAACAUGUCGGACAAAUUGACUCGUAUCGCCAUCGUCAACUCUGACAAGUGCAAACCGAAGAAAUGUCGUCAAGAGUGCAAGAAGUCCUGUCCCGUGGUGCGAUCCGGCAAGCUCUGUAUCGAAGUCGACGCCGCCAGCAAGAUCGCCUUCAUUUCUGAGCGCCUCUGUAUCGGAUGUGGUAUCUGCCCGAAGAAAUGCCCUUUCGACGCCAUCAACAUUAUCAACUUGCCGACCAACCUCGAGACUCAAGUGUCACACCGCUACAGCGCCAACAGCUUCAAGCUGCACCGACUGCCGCUGCCGAGACCAGGACAAGUGUUGGGACUGGUGGGAACGAACGGUAUCGGAAAGAGUACGGCGUUGAAGAUGCUGGCUGGCAAGCUGAAGCCAAAUUUGGGACGAUAUGACAACCCGCCAGACUGGGAGGAAAUCUUGAAGUACUACAGAGGGUCGGAGCUGCAGAACUACUUCACCAAGAUUCUCGAGGACGAUCUCAAGGCUGUGACCAAGCCUCAAUACGUGGACCAGAUUCCUCGAGCGAUCAAGAGCGCAAAUCGCUCUGUUGGCUUCCAGAUCACCAACCGCUCACAAGUUGAUGAAGCGAGACUGGACGAGAUUACUGAAGCACUGGAGCUGAAGCAGGUCUGGGAUCGUGAUGUUGAUCUCCUGUCCGGAGGAGAGUUGCAGCGUUUCGCCAUCGCUAUGGUGUGCGUGCAAAAGGCCGAUGUCUACAUGUUCGACGAGCCUUCUUCCUUCUUGGAUGUCAAGCAGCGUCUUGCCGCUGGUCGUAUUAUCCGCAGUCUCCUCCGGCCCGAUUGCUUUGUGAUUGUCGUCGAGCACGAUUUGUCCAUUCUGGACUACCUCUCCGACUACAUUUGCGUUCUCUACGGAAAGCCAGCGGUGUACGGUGUCGUCACCGCUCCCUUCUCCGUCCGCGAAGGAAUCAACAUCUUCCUCGACGGAAACAUCCCAACCGAGAACUUGCGUUUCCGUGAGGAGAGCUUGCAGUUCCGCAUGACUGAGGCUGGAGAAGAAUUCCUCGCUGAGCAGUCUCGCGCAUACUCCUACCCAAAGAUGACCAAGACUUUGGACAAGUUCCACCUCUCCAUCGAACCCGGCGAGUUCACCGACUCGGAAAUCAUCGUCAUGAUGGGAGAGAACGGUACCGGAAAGACCACUUUCUGUAAGAUGCUCGCCGGAGCUCUCAAGCCUGAUGGCGACCAGAAAGUGCCCACCAUGUCCAUCAGCAUGAAGCCUCAGAAGAUCACCCCCAAAUUCACCGGCACUGUCCGCCAGCUCUUCUUCAAGAAGAUCAAGACGGCCUUCCUCUCCCCUCAAUUCCAGACAGACGUCUACAAGCCCCUCAAAAUGGACGACUUCAUCGACCAGGAAGUUCAAAACCUGUCCGGAGGAGAAUUGCAGCGUGUCGCCAUCGUGCUCGCCCUCGGUCUCCCCGCCGACAUCUACCUCAUCGACGAACCCUCCGCCUACCUCGACUCCGAGCAGCGUAUCGUCGCCUCCCGCGUCAUCAAGCGUUUCAUCAUGCACGCCAAAAAGACCGCCUUCGUCGUCGAGCACGACUUCAUCAUGGCGACCUACCUCGCCGACCGCGUCAUCGUCUUCGACGGCCAGCCUUCCAUUGAUGCCCGCGCCAACUCCCCGCAGAGUCUCCUGACGGGCUGCAACAAGUUCUUGAAGAAUUUGAAUGUCACCUUCCGCAGAGAUCCGAACACUUACCGUCCAAGAAUCAACAAGCUCAAUUCGCAGUUGGAUUCGGAGCAGAAGACUGCGGGCAAUUACUUCUUUAUGGAGGAGGAGUCCUGA